GAGGAAGAAGAAGCACUACAACUCCCAGCAGCCUCUGCGUGACCGGAAGCCGUGAAGCCUCCGUCAGAGAAGAAUAAAAAGAUGAUGAAGAGUAAAGCUGACGAGGAAGAAUACUGGAACAGCUCCAAGUACAAAGCCUUCACCUUCGAUGAUGAAGACGACGAGUUCAGCCGGUUGAAAGAGUCGAAGCAGGCGGUGAACAGCAUCCGCCGUCUGGUGGAGGAAGAUGAUGAUGAAGAGGACGUGGAGAAGAUCAGCUGGAGCGGAGAGCCUGUGGGGAGUAUAUCCUGGUCUGUGAACGAGACGGCAGCAUCCAAUCAGAGGACAGACAGAGAGCCCGCCUUCCCCAAAAUCAACACUGACACCUCAACGACCAGCAAGAGCCAAUCAGGAUACUCCCUGAGCUCCCUGUUCAAAGGGAAAACUAAAGGAGGAAACUUCCAGCAGUUCACAGACUCGCUCACCGACUCCUCUCUCCGGCUCUAUGCUCCAGAACUCCGAAAACCCAAAUCUGAAUACAAGGAUUACAUCAGUGAUUGGUCGCCUGAGGAGACGGUUCAGAGGAUGCAGCACGGAAAGGUCGUGUCUCUGGAGAAGUUCCGAUCCCUGCAGGACAAACUGCUGCUGCUCGACUUCUCCGUCAGCGCCAACGAUGGGAACGUCAUCACCGCCGUUUUGAUAUAUUUAAAGAGGACUCUGAGUAAAGAGGUUUUGUUCCGCGAGCUGCAGUCCAGACAAACGGCUCUGAGACAUUUAAUCUGCUACCUGAGAGAGAGCCGAGACCACCGUCUGCUGCAGGAGCUGUUCAGAGCUCUGGGCCGAACGGAGGACGAGGCGCUGCUAAAGUAUAAAGAACACCUGAGCAUUGCUGACGAAAACAAGAGGCGGGACUUCCUGAAGACCUGCCUCAGUCUUCCAUUUUCUCCAGAAGAUUUGGCUCUCGUCCAGGAUCACUACACUCUGCUGGAGAGACAAAUCAUCAUCGAGGCCACUGAUCGGCAGGCUGAGCGAGGAGGGAAGCUUCCAACGAAAACGAUGCCGAUUCUCAACAUGUCGCUCAUCACAACGUUGUACUACUGCUGCUUCUACCACUACUCUGAGGCCAAGAACACCUUCAGCAGCCCUCUGAACGUGCGUCAGACCUUCAAGAUCUCGGAGAAGCAGUUCUUCGUGACGGCUCUAGCUGCGCGGGCGGAGCUGAAGGAGUGGUUAGAUGUCGACGCUCUGUUUACCUGCAGGAACUGGCUCGGAUUCACCAAGAAGAAAUCUCCACUCAGCUUCCAGCGCGUGGUCGAUGUCCUGCAGAAGAACUCCGCCCCCACACAGGUGCUGCAGGACUACGUGGCGCUGGUUGAUGAUGCGGAGCUUAGGAUCACUUUGGCCCAGAAGCAUAAAUGUCACGACAUCGUUAUCAACACAUACCGAGACCUGAAGGACCGGCAGCAGUUGCUAGUAUACCGAGGAAAGGUCGAGACGGGGUCGGCCGAGGAGAGGAGGAUCGAUGAGCUGCUGACCAAUCAGCAAAUUCGUUGGAAGAACUGAAAGCCUAAACUAAAGACUUUUACUUUGAAAAUGAGGCUUCUUCCAGAUACAAGAGAAGAGCUGUCACCAUGGCAACAAGAACAUUCAAUUAGAUUGCAGAUGCUGAUUGACCCCGCCCACAGGACACUGGGUGGGUGGGGCUUGUAUUUCUGCUGAGUCAACGUUUCGACAUUCCUCUUGAUUUGAUAAAUAAUGUUGUAAAAACUAUUAAAACUUUAUUUAAAAAUGUGA